UCAGCGUCGCCAUCUGCUUUCUCGUCCUUCUCCAAUCUCCGUGUUGUUGUUCCCGGUGACGCGGCGGAGGUGUAGCCUGACGCGGGCUCUUACGUGUCGGCCUGAAUAAAAGUGGAGCUCCGGAGACCCGGGAGUGACGAAAGGCUGUCUCUAUCGCUUUGCCAAUGAAGAUGGAGCCAGCAGCCGAGGCUCAGCAGGCGGCGGACACUGCUGUGACUGAGACAGAGAACCAGCAGAUCACCCCGGCACAGAUCGCCACCUUAGCACAGGUGUCCAUGACAACAGGACACGCCUCGGCAACAGGACCCACAGUAACGCUGGUCCAGCUUCCCAAUGGUCAGACGGUUCAGGUCCAUGGAGUCAUUCAGGCUGCACAGCCAUCUGUUAUCCAGUCCCCACAGGUCCAGGCUGUGCAGAUCUCCACUAUAGCAGAAAGUGAGGAUUCGCAGGAAUCAGUCGACAGUGUGACGGACUCCCAGAAGCGCAGAGAGAUUCUGUCACGGCGUCCGUCAUACAGAAAAAUUCUCAACGACCUUUCAUCCGACGCUCCGGCGGUUCCUCGGAUCGAGGAGGAAAAGGCUGAGGACGACUCAUCUGCCGCUGCAGCUACACCUGCCAUCACCACCGUUACCGUGCCGACCCCCAUCUACCAGACCAGCAGCGGACAGUACAUUGCGAUCACGCAGGGCGGAGCCAUUCAGCUGGCCAAUAAUGGCACAGAUGGAGUUCAAGGCCUUCAGACUCUGACCAUGACCAACGCCGCUGCAGCAGCCGCUCAGCCUGGAACCACCAUCCUGCAGUAUGCACAGACCAGCGACGGCCAGCAGAUACUGGUUCCCAGUAACCAGGUUGUGGUCCAAGCCACUUCAGGUGAUGUCCAAGCUUAUCAAAUCCGAGCAGCCCCUGCCAGCACCAUCACCCCUGGUGUCGUCAUGGCCUCCUCCCCUGCACUCCCAACACAGGGAGCCACAGAAGAAGUCACUAGAAAAAGGGAGGUCCGCCUCAUGAAGAACAGAGAGGCAGCCCGGGAAUGCCGCAGAAAGAAGAAGGAGUAUGUUAAAUGUCUGGAGAACAGAGUCGCUGUCCUGGAGAACCAAAACAAGACAUUAAUCGAAGAACUGAAAGCACUUAAAGAUCUUUACUGUCAUAAAUCCGAGUAGCUUGUCUCCUGAACACAGAGCUGGGCUAAGUAGUUUCCAGUUUCUUUCAAAUGCUUUGACUGUUUUAUUCUGCCAGCCUGGCCUUUCAAUCUGCUCACGGCUGGCUUCUUGGUUUCCUCUUAAUUUUUUAUUUAUUGGUUUCUUUUUUUUAAGCUAUACCCAUUUAACCUUUAACAGCACAACACAUUUUAACGUAUGACGUACUGUCAUAAGAAUAAAUAGGGAAAACAUGAGAAAAGUGCCGUCUUAAAGCUGGUACUAUAAACUGAGAUCCUGUUACCAUUAUUUAGUUUGGUGCUGGAUGCUGUAGAAAGCAGCAAGUCAGCAUAUCCUGCUUUAGUUGGUAAAUCAUGCAUUUCUGUUGUUUGUUUUGUGGAAAAGGUGCCUGAGUCAGAUGAUGCUGUGGAGAUCUAACCUUUUAGAUUUGUUUUCAAAUUGCAGACUCCUGUUUGAUUUUCUGUACUAGCAUAGCUAUGUCAAACACAAAGGUCAGUUUCUGAGACAUACCGAAGAUGUUAAUGGCUGUUUCUCAGCUUUUAAACAUCGUUCCGCCUCAUUGAACUCUAGGAUACUUUCACUUUAAUUGUGUAAGCAAUAAUGUCUUCAAGGUACAUCUGUUUACCCUGUGUUAUGAUUUACAACACUGUUGUAAUUGCCUACAAAAAAAGGCCAGACAAUGACAAGCCUCCUAAGACAUAUUGACCGCCUUUUUAGUUAAAUAUCAAUGUUUUAUAUCAUGUCGAUUUACUAAAUGGUCCUAUUAUGAAAUAUGUCUAUAGUUAGAAUCUUAGUAAGCUGGACUUGGUGUGUCAGAGUCAGACUGAAAAAUACUGUAAAUCUAACCUUGAUGUGCAACUAAUGGAAAACUAGUGAAACUCACUCCCAAAACUAUCACUCAAAAAAAAAUGAAGAGUUGUGACAUAAACAAAGCACUUAUUUGAUUUGUUGUUUGUUGUAUAUUUAUUAACAUCUACACUAAGAAUAGCUAAAGAUGAGAUUUUUUUUUUCAUUUGCAGAACUGAUCUAAGUCAUUUAAAAAUAGGCAUUUGG